AUGGAGUUCACCGGUUACAGGGUUCAUCCACCGUCAAGCAGUAUACAGCAUCUGACAGAAGAUGAGAAUAAUGAUUCUCAAACUGGAGUUAACAAAGCCAGCAAAGGAGGUCUUAUCUAUGGAGACUAUCUGCAGCUGGAUAAAAUAGUGACAUCUCAGGUUCUUCAAAGUGAGCUGAAGGGAAACAAGAUCCAUGAUGAACAUCUGUUUAUUGUCACACAUCAAGCCUAUGAACUGUGGUUUAAACAGGUUCUAUGGGAGCUGGACUCAGUGAGAGAAAUCUUUAUAAGUGGACAUGUUCGUGAUGAGAGGAACAUGCUCAAAGUUAACACUCGAAUUAACAGGAUCGUGAUGAUAUUCAGACUAUUGCUUGAUCAGUUUGCUGUUUUGGAAACUAUGACUGCCAUAGACUUUUUUGACUUCAGGGAAUAUCUCUCGCCAGCUUCGGGUUUCCAGAGUCUACAGUUUCGACUUUUGGAAAACAAGAUUGGGGUCCCACACAACCAGAGGGUUCCCUACAACAGAAGACAUUACCGAGACAAUUUCCGUGGCGAGGAGAGCGAGCUGCUCAUCCGCUCAGAGCAGGAACUCACUCUGCUUCAGUUAGUCGAGCAAUGGCUGGAGAGAACUCCUGGCUUGGAGGAAGACGGCUUUAAUUUCUUUGGGAAAUUGCAAACCAAUAUUUUCAAGGGACUCGAUGGAGAAAAAGAGAAAAUCGAGCAAAACCCAGAGACGAAAGAAGAGAUGAUGGCAGAGUUCAUUAAGCACAGAGAUGUUUUCUUAUCUCUCUUUGAUGAGAAGAGACAUGAUCAUUUACUAAGCACAGGUCAAAGGAGGCUGUCCUAUAAAGCAUUACAAGGAGCAUUGAUGAUCUAUUUUUACAGGGAAGAGCCUCGAUUUCAGGUUCCUUUCCAGCUCCUGACGUCUCUGAUGGACAUCGAUACCCUCAUGACCAAAUGGAGAUACAACCACGUGUGUAUGGUGCACAGAAUGCUUGGCAGCAAAGCUGGAACAGGCGGCUCAUCCGGCUACCAAUACCUGCGCUCCACUGUCAGUGAUCGCUACAAGGUGUUUGUGGAUCUGUUUAACCUGGCCACCUUCCUGGUUCCGAGAGAGUGGGUUCCCAAGCUGAACCCGACUGAGCACAGUUUUCUGUACACUGCCGAGUGCUGUGACAGCUCUUACUGCAGCAGUGAUGACUCAGACUAG